UUAACGUUAUUCUAUUAUUAAUGCCUCGAGAUCCAAGAACAAGCAGACACAUAUAGAUUAUUUUAAGGUUCAAAACAUAUUAUAAACCAUUUACUAUCAAGAACGCGGAUUCUGGUCAACGGAGACGGACUUCAGAUCAAAGUUUUUUGUAAAUAUUGUGUUUUCACGUUUUCAUUCACGAUUUCCUCUAUCCAGUAUCACAUGACAUAGGUGGUUUCUUAUUGAUAUGGUCAAAGAAUAAUGCAAUAGCACCAAUAACUUGUGCUCUCUUCAUGGCUCGAUCAGUACUUGGAUCCCGAUGCAGCUGCCGCAGGAUGGCUUGCAGCCUGGUGUGCUGCUUUCUUAUCUUCCAGAUAUACUCGUUUGUAUUUCAAGUUUAUGUCAAAGUAGGGAACAUAAAGCGGAAUAUACUCCCGGACUUCCAUCCUCUCGUCCACGACCUGGUGGAGCCGGAGCAGUUGAUCCUUCUCCCACCAUAUGGACUAAAAGAUUGGCAAAAAGUCAACCUGUUCGAUGAAUUCCUCAAUCAAUCAUCGUUACUCAGGAACAUAUUCUUCCCUAGUCGUGCAUUUCUUGUAGAUCCAAUAGAUCCAAGAAAGGGUCUGGACAACGGUAGCUUGUACUAUUAUCCUGGGCGUGAAUGGUUGGAUACUGAAGGAAAUCCUAUUCAGUCUCAUGGGGGUGGCAUUUUGUAUGAUGAGAUAUCAAGGACUUACUAUUGGUAUGGUGAGAAUAAGAAUGGUCCUACUUAUAGAGCUGGAGGAAUCGGUACAGCACGUGUUGACAUUAUCGGUGUUGGUUGUUACUCUUCAAAGGACCUGUGGACGUGGAAAAACGAAGGGAUUGUGCUAGCCGGGGAGGAAAAGAAUUCGACACAUGAUCUGUACAAGUUCAAUGUGCUGGAGAGGCCUAAAGUGAUUUACAAUGAGAAGACGGGUAAAUAUGUAAUGUGGAUGCAUAUCGAUGAUGCCACCUACACCAAAGCUUCUGUCGGGAUAGCCGUUAGCAACUCCCCUACCGGCCCCUUUGAAUAUCGUUAUAGCUUAAGGCCUCAUGGAUUCGAUAGCCGGGACAUGACAAUUUUCAAAGACGACGAUGGAUUAGCAUAUCUGAUAUAUUCUUCCGUUCGAAAUAAGGAGCUUCAUAUUGGUCCGCUUAAUGAUGAUUAUCUUGAUGUCACGAAUGUUAUGGCUAAGAUACUUGUUGGACAGCACCGGGAAGCCCCAGCUUUGUUCAAGCACCAGGGGGGUUACUACAUGGUCACGUCGGGAUGCAGUGGUUGGACACCAAAUGAGGCACUGGUGCACGGAGCGAAAUCUAUUCUGGGGCCGUGGGCAACCAUACGGAACCCGUGCAUCGGGGCCAAUGCAGUUUUUCGGAUUGCAACGUUUUUUGCUCAAAGUACAUUCGUGCUUCCGAUGCCCGGGGCGAUUCCAGGCUCAUUUAUUUUCAUGGCAGAUAGGUGGAAUCCAUCUGACUUGAGAAACUCAAGGUAUGUAUGGCUGCCUUUAACUGUUAGAGCAACAGAGGAGUGGUAUAAUGGAUUUCCAAUAAAGACAAGAGUGUCUAUCUUUUGGCAUGAAAGAUGGAGGCUUCCACUUAGCCUGAAAGAGGAUCUUUAAGUCGUAGUUUUUUAGAAUUUUUAUGCCUAAUUUGAAGGGAAAUUUGAAUAAAGAACACUAAAUGAGAAUGCCUUCCACUCUCCUAUAUAUUGUACCUCUCUUGGCAUUAUGUACAGGUUUUCUGAA